CACUCUCACGGCCAUCCCUGUCCAAAUCCAUAAUGAUUAGGUUGAUUGACAGACAGACACGUUUCAGAUAAACAAUAACAGAGUAAGGAAGAAAACACAAAAAGAGAUACAUCUUUCUUUUCAUUUGAAGAGGCAAAACAGAGCCUAUUAAUAUUUAUGUCUUGUCACUUCUCUUUACAUUAUCCAUUAACUCUAAAUGGCUUCAACACUUCCUCCUCAAGUUAACCAAAAAUCCAACAAUGGAAUCACUCCUUUCACAAGUGUGAAAACACUCUCAGAAUCACCAGAUUUCAACUCUAUUCCAUCCUCCUACACAUACACCACCAACCCACAUGAUGAAAAUGAAAUAGUAGCAGACCAAGAUGAAGUCAAUGAUCCAAUCCCAGUCAUUGAUUAUUCUCUCCUGAUCAACGGUAAUCAUGAUCAACGGACCAAAACCAUCCAUGAUAUAGGCAAGGCUUGUGAGGAGUGGGGAUUCUUCAUACUAACCAAUCACUCUGUAUCAAAGAGUCUCAUGGAGAAAAUGGUUGACCAAGUUUUUGCUUUCUUUAACCUUAAAGAAGAAGAUAAGCAAGUGUAUGCAGAUAAGGAAGUAACGGAUGAUUCAAUAAAGUAUGGUACAAGCUUCAAUGUUUCAGGGGAUAAAAACUUGUUCUGGAGGGAUUUCAUUAAAAUUAUUGUUCAUCCUAAAUUUCACUCACCGGAUAAACCUUCUGGCUUCAGGGAAACAUCCGCAGAGUACAGCAGAAAAACAUGGAAAUUAGGUAGAGAACUUCUCAAAGGAAUAUCAGAAAGUUUGGGUUUGGAAGUCAACUAUAUAGACAAAACAAUGAAUCUAGAUUCUGGUUUACAAAUGUUGGCAGCAAAUCUUUAUCCUCCUUGUCCUCAACCUGAUCUUGCAAUGGGAAUGCCCCCACAUUCCGAUCAUGGCCUCUUGAACCUCCUCAUCCAGAAUGGAGUUAGUGGCCUUCAAGUUCUUCACAAUGGCAAGUGGAUCAAUGUCAGUUCCACUUCAAACUGUUUCUUGGUCCUCGUCUCUGAUCAUCUUGAGAUUAUGAGCAAUGGCAAGUACAAAAGUGUAGUACAUAGAGCAGCUGUGAGCAAUGGAGCUACAAGAAUGUCAUUAGCAACCGUUAUUGCGCCAUCCUUGGACACUGUGGUUGAACCAGCUUCCGAGCUACUAGACAAUGAAAGUAAUCCUGCAGCAUAUGUUGGGAUGAAACAUAUAGAUUAUAUGAAACUUCAACGAAACAACCAGCUUUACGGGAAAUCUGUGCUAAACAAAGUGAAAAUAUGAUUUUGAAUCACCUUAGUGUUGCUCUAAGUAGUAGGCCAAAAUUAAGUAAAAGUUUGUGACAAAAUUGUAAAUAGAAUAAGCAACUGAGUCUUCUUUGUAAAGUUUUUGUAAAAUGCUGCAAAUAAUACUAUAAGAAAGGUUCAAGUAAGGUUCAACCAAAUCCAACUACUAGUGUACUAUGCGCCUGCAACUAGAAUGCAGGGGGUGUGAUAGCUUUAAUUACAAGAAAUCCUUUAAGAUUAAA